AGCGGGGGUCGUCUUUGCUGGUGCUGCAGUAGCAGCGGAUAGCAGGACAGCUAAGCCUCACCGGUGCAUAGUUCCUUCCCUUCGCGUGUAAAUGAAGAGGGCGCUCUACUUCCUCCACCUGCGCUUUCCCGAUUGCGCCCUUCCCCGCGCGCGUCGUUAGCAGAGCAUCGAGCGGAGGCUGCUAAGAGCCGGCCUCUUGGUGGAGACGCGGCGGAAUAAAGGAAGCGAGAGCGAUGGUCUUCUUUGACCCCGACUGAGUGACGUCCUUCGGGCACGGUCAAUCUUGUUGGAAUUACAAUAGUCUAAUCCUGAAGAAAAUGAAAAUAUAUUUGGAUAUUCUAUAGGAGUCACGGUGGCGCAGUGGUUACAGUGCAGUACCUCAGGCUACUUCUGCUGAUCACCGGCUGCCAGCAGUUUGGCAGAUUGAAUCUCACCAGGCUCAAGGUUGACUCAGCCUUCCAUCCUUCGGAGUAGCAACUUUUCUGCCGGUGAUGUGACUAUGCUUCCUCCGUUGUCACCAUCUUGAAUUGAAAAAAAAAAUGAGUGGAGGAUUAGCACCAAGCAAAAGCACAGUUUAUGUAUCUAAUUUGCCCUUUUCAUUGACAAACAAUGACUUGUACAGAAUUUUUUCAAAAUAUGGGAAAGUAGUUAAAGUUACAAUUAUGAAAAACAAAGACACACGAAGAAGUAAAGGAGUUGCAUUUAUUUUGUUCUUGGAUAAAGAGUCAGCACAAAACUGUUCUCGGGCACUUAAUAAUAAACAACUAUUUGGAAGAGUAAUAAAAGCAAGUAUUGCUAUUGAUAAUGGAAGAGCUGCAGAAUUCAUUCGAAGGAGAAAUUACUAUGACAAGUCAAAAUGCUAUGAAUGUGGAGAAAUAGGACAUUUAAGUUAUGCAUGUCCGAAAAACAUGCUAGGAGAGCGUGAACCUCCCAAAAAGAAAGACAAAAAGAAAAGGAAGAAAGUAAUUGAACCAGAAGAAGAAAUAGAAGAAGAAAGUGAAGAUGAGGGUGAAGAUCCUGCUCUUGAUAGUCUCAGUCAAGCUAUAGCUUUCCAGCAAGCCAAAAUUGAAGAAGAACAGCAAAGUUCAACUCAAAAUGCUGGUGAGCCCUCCACAUCUGAUUCAAGACGACCACGCAUCAAAAAAAAGUGCAUAUUUUAGUGAUGAGGAAGAACUUAGUGACUGAUACAAAUACUAUGUAAAUAUACUUUAUGAAAUAAGAUUACUGUUGUUAACCAUGAUCUCACUUUUGUAAUUAAAAUAUAAUUAGAAACACCAAA